AUGCGGGCAACAAAGAAAGCCGGUGUGAAGAAUGAAGGUCCUUCAACUCUCUGGAGAUCCCAAGAGGAAGCCAGAGAUUUCUGCCAGGAAGGGGAUCGGGAACUGGCCAACGGCAAUCUCCCAUUGGCCACCACUUACUAUGUUGCUGGGUUCCUUCUCUGUGCCCCCACGGCCGUCAACAAGAUGGCGGCUCUUGAGAAGGAGGCCCGGGCCAACAUGGUCGCCAUCUUGGAAAGCUGGUGUCAAGGAGAAAGCUCCAUCCCAAAACUUGGGAACCAUCCUGUGAACCCUGCCCUGCUCAACGUCGCAACGGCGGCGGCUUUUCUCCUGGCCUUUGACCCCCACAACGUGACUGCCUUGCUCUUCGAGAUGGACGCUUUGCUGAAGGCAGGCCAGCCUCUCCGCGUGGCCAGCCAGUGUGACUCCCUGCUCGAGGCCCACCCUUGCACGGAGCUGGUUCUCACCCGCGCUUUGGCCCUGGUGCUGUCCCAAACGCACUUCCGAGAGGGGGUCGCCGAGUAUCUCCGGGCCUUUGCGGGAAGCCGGAACGAGACGGUGGGGUUCGUGAGCCGUAGACAGAGGAGAUACCUGGAGAAGAUCAUCCAGGCUUGUUUGGAUGGCCUCUCGCUUCCAGACAAUGGUCCGAAGGAGACACUUAGCCGGAAAGAUCUGUGCUACGACUUCCUGGCUGCCAUAGCCCCCGAGGACCUCCGGGUCUGCCCCCUUCUGGUCCGGCAUCUUUUCGAGCGACGUAUGUACGAGGAAUGCGUGUCCCUCUCCAGCAGGGCCUUAGAAGCCUUCUCCUCCAGCGGUUCAUCGGGCGGCCAAGAGACCUCAAGUCUUUUGAUGCACCGAGCUGCGGCUUUCUUGGCUAUCGGACGCCACGUCCCGGAGAUGCUGAAGGACCUUGUGGGCGCCUUUGAAGCUUACCCCAAGCUGGCCAAGACCUCCUUUGAAGCCCUCUUCUCUCCACGAGAAGCUGAAAGGGUUGAGGAGCAUGCCCGGACAGUCCUGGAGGCGGAUUUUGCCGCUUACAAAGACGCCAUCCGGGUGAGGAACGAAGUCCGGAGCAACGGUGGCCAAGUGUUGAUUCCUCCCGUUCUCCGUACACUCCAUUUCCUGGUCCAGAUCGCCCCGGAGUCACUGCGAGAACUGAACGUCCAUCUAGCCGAUUGCUACCUCUUAGAAGGCAACAUCUCAGCCUCCUUGGAAGUUUGCGACCGUCUCCUGGCCUCUGCAGAAACCACCUACCGAAACACCCUCCUGGCCCAACGGGGCUUCUGCCACCUUCAUGCCAACCGCCGCCCCGAAGCCCUUCAAGAUUUCCAAGCCGUCCUUGAAGACCUCGUGCCGCAUCCAAGCAGCUGUGUGAAGGCCCUUUGCGGGCGAGGAUUGAUCCGAGCCUGGGCCGGCCAUCCCUAUCUCACCGCCUUGGAUUACCUGACCGCCUGCAGACUGCGGUUUGAGGAAACCGGCUUUGUGAUCAAGGCCUACAUCCCUUGGAACCAGAGAGGGUUCCUCUUGGUCACCCUUCAGGAGCAAGUCCAGAAGAUGCUGGAAAGAAAGGAGACAGUUCGAUGCAAGUCAGAGGACCGAUUGGAGAAAUCCGGAUGGCUGGAUGACCUCCAGAAAGACAGGGAUUCCCUUGGGAUCCACCCAUUGGCUUCUCUUCUCUUGGAACUGGGCGUUUCUCGGCUGCUGUGUGCCGAUGCUUUGUACCAGCUGGGUCGCCUGGAAGAGAGCCACCAGAUCCUCCGGUUGGGUCUCUCAAAGGAUCCUGAGAGAUCCCCCGUUCUGGUCAGGCUGGCUCUCCUUCAGCUAAAGAAAGGCCAUGUGGACGGAUGCAAUGAGUACCUGAAGAAGAUGAUUGAGACAGGCAAGCUGUCCUGCCUGCAGGGCUUCGUGAAGGUUUUAAAAGAAGACGACCGAGCCCUGUUGAAAAGCCACUGUCACACCAGGGCUGUGGCGGUCCUGAAAAAUAAACCAGCGGGCACUUACUUGAAGGAAGCCAUCGCUUACCUCUCCUUGGCCAUCACCGCAGCCAGGGAGAACGCUGUCGAUUCCCUCCUGGUGCGGGCUCAUUGCUACGGGCUCCUGGGGCAGAAGAAAACAGCCCUGUUCGAUUUCAAGGCCGUCUUGAAAGAAGAUCCGAAAAACACCCGGGCUCUUUGCGGAAAAGCUUUCGUCCACCUGGCCCUGGACCAGAAGAAGGAGUCAACCCAAGACCUGAUCUCAGCUCUCCGAGGGGAUCGAGCCUCCGCGGUGGCCGAAAUCGGCUCUCUGAAGCCAGGGGCUCAAGUCCAGGUUCGCUCUUGGCUGCUGGAACACUGCAGGGGCGCGUUGACGGACCUCGGCGGUGGACAAGACCCGCUCGCUGUGGCGGAGGCCUUGGAGGAGCUCUCCAAAGUGGGAGAAGCGUUGGUGGAAAUGGACAACCAGGACAGCGAAGCUCACAUGCUUUGCGUUGACCUCCAAAUCGCGAAGGGGAGACCCAAGACUGCCCUGUCGUAUCUCCAGAGAACGUUUGGACAAAGCGAACCCAGCGACGCCAUCAACUCUCGGCUGGGAAUUCUUCAAGCAGUGUUGGGCAACUUGAACGGUGUCCACAUUUUGGCUACUUUGGCAGGGAAGGAAUGCAAAGACUUAGAGCACCUGAUGGGGUUUUUGGAUGGCAACCAGCAGCUAAAUCUUGCUCAGGUGGCAGCCAGAGAAGCGAAGGCACUGAUGAAUGACCAGUGCCCCCUAGGAGCCAUGAAAUACCUCACCUUGGCCAUCUUGGCAAGCCACAAUAACCCACAAUACCUUCGCCAACGGGUUGCUUGCUGGACCCAGUUGGAAGAUUAUCAAAGCGCCCUGACCGACAUCCGGAAAGUUGUCCAAAACCACGGCACAAACAGCUUGAAAGCUCAAGUCGGUGACUUCUGCUCCUGGGCCUACUUGCUCUUAUCCACUUCUGACGAGGAGCAAUCCGUCAAGCAAUUUAUUCACGCCUUACAGCUUGAAAAAUCCUUGGCCCUUAAGCACACCUCGGCUGGCCACAGGAGGGAAGAGGUGUCCAAAGCCUUCCUACGGACUGCCCGAAAUUAUUUGGCAGCAGGCUGUUAUGAAGAAGCCUGGACCACUGUGAAAUUCGGCCUUCUGGUGGACCAGGCCAACCCUGAGCUUCAAAAGCUAAACGCCAGAAUUAAACGGCGGGGGACUGGUUGCAAAAUUCAGUAA